GGUCAGUCCAGUUUAUAUUUUUUUUGAUCAGUGAAUAGCCAGCCAUGUACGAAAACGCUUUACUUUCUUGGAGAGAUGACGACACCUUUAUCAACAACCUCAAUGCGACAUCGCCCUUGCCGCUACAAGAGCCCUCUUCGAUUCCCUCUUCUUCUUCUUCUUCUUCUUCAAAACCGCCACCACCACCACCAUCAGGCACAACAUCUCAAACCAACAGUGACAGCUUGAUGUUGCAUCGACCGUCCAAAAGGCACGCGAAUGCCGUAGAGGACCAUGCUCCUUCCGGUUCCGUCGUAACAAGGCCAAAAAAAGCCCGCAAGCUGACCACGACCGAAAAAUUAACAUCGACAAGCAAAACCACCAACCAAGAAAACGAAGAGGAACAAAAAAGACGAAAAGAUGCCCUGGCAAGAAACCGCAUAGCAGCUUCCAAAUGUCGGCAACGAAACAAAGAAUGGCAGGCUGAACUUGUCAAGCGUGUAGAGACCGCUCAGCAACGCAACAACGAAUUGCGCCAGUUAGUGAAUGUACUACGUAAUGAACUCUAUUCUCUCCGGUACCAACUACUGGCACAUCACGGGUAGGAUACAUAGACUUCGUACCGAUUUACAGGAGCACUCAUUCUUUUCUAUCAUUGGAUUUAUUGCGGUAGAUGUCAAUGCCGACCGAUCAAACUAUACAUGCUUGAGAAUAUUGAGACCAUAACCGGGAGUCCUUUGCAAAGCGUAAACUUUAGGCAUUGAAUACGGAU